UUCAUAUUAUAGUUUUCUGCCUGGAUUUAACACUGUGAAGUAGCUCUGGAACCUCCCGUGGUUUCUUUUUUUUUUCUUUUUUAUGGGUAUUAUGUUCAUGGUGAAUCUGGGUUACCGAGUUAACGAAGUAAACUCCGUUACGUGAGUGAGUGAGUGGCGAGUUUUUGGCGGGUGUUGGGUUGGCGUUGAAGGUUUGUUGGGAAAAGGGUAUAAUUAAUCUCAGUUUCAAUAAUCAAAACGGGCUUCUUUUUCUUCUAUUUGCCAGAUUAAAUUUUAACUCUUCUCCCUCUAUUUUACUUCCUAUUCCCUUUUUAAACACUUGUCUAUACCCUAAGAUUCCAUACCCUAAGAUUCUAUCACUUGGUCACUGAUAAUUUCUUAUCUCUUUUGUACAGAGACUAAAAUCUUACAGUGGCAGUACGCUGUACUCUUAACGGUCUCUCUCUCUCUCUCUCUCUCUUCUUGGGAAACAGUAGCUAAGUCUUUGCUUGUUUAUUUAUUUGAGCGGUGUCCGCUUUUUGCUCACUGUCUCAGUGUCAAGUCUCAUCUGACCUUUUUGGGCUGUCAAUAGGUUAGUUUGAUUUAUUGGUUACAAGAUGAACGGAGCUGUACUAGUGGCUAUUGCUGCUUGCAUUGGCAGUUUCUUGCAAGGAUGGGAUAAUGCUACUAUUGCUGGGGCUAUUGUUUACAUCAAGGAUGACCUUGACCUGCAAACUACUGUGGAAGGUCUAGUUGUGGCUAUGUCACUUAUAGGAGCCACAGCAAUCACAACCUGCUCAGGAGCAAUAUCGGAUUGGCUUGGUCGGCGUCCAAUGCUAAUAAUGUCAUCCAUGCUCUACUUUGUCAGUGGAUUGAUAAUGAUUUGGUCACCAAAUGUCUAUGUCCUGUGUAUAGCAAGGCUUUUAGAUGGAUUUGCCAUUGGCUUAGCUGUUACACUUGUUCCAGUCUAUAUAUCUGAGACUGCUCCAUCAGAUAUAAGGGGAAUGUUAAAUACACUUCCUCAGUUUACUGGUUCGGGUGGUAUGUUUUUGUCUUAUUGUAUGGUUUUUGGAAUGUCAUUGACAUCCUCGCCAAGUUGGAGGUUGAUGCUUGGGGUUCUUUCUAUACCUUCUCUACUAUAUUUUGCGUUGACGAUUUUUUAUUUGCCCGAAUCUCCUCGAUGGCUUGUGAGUAAAGGGAGGAUGCUCGAGGCAAAACGGGUUCUCCAGAGAUUGCGAGGAAGGGAGGAUGUCUCAGGUGAGAUGGCUUUGUUGGUUGAAGGUCUUGGCAUUGGUGGUGAAACAUCUAUUGAGGAGUACAUAAUAGGCCCAGCAGAUGAACUUCCUGAUGGUCAUGGACCCACUGCUGAGAAAGAUAAAAUCAAAUUAUAUGGACCUGAAGAGGGUCUCUCCUGGGUUGCUAAACCUGUCACUGGACAGAGUUCUCUUGCUCUAAUAUCUCGCAACGGAAGCAUGGUGAACCAAAGUGUGCCUCUAAUGGAUCCUCUAGUGACUCUAUUUGGUAGUGUUCAUGAGAAGCUUCCUGAAACAGGAAGCAUGCGAAGCAUGCUUUUCCCUAAUUUUGGUAGCAUGUUUAGUACAGCAGAACCUCAUGUUAAGCAUGAGCAUUGGGACGAAGAGAGCCUACAGAGGGAAGGUGAGGACUAUGCAUCAGAAGGAGCUGGAGGAGACUCAGAUGACAAUUUACAUAGUCCAUUGAUCUCACGUCAGACGACAAGCAUGGAAAAGGAUAUGCCACCCCCUCCUUCUCAUGGCAGCAUUCUGAGCAUGAGGCGCCAUAGCAGUCUCAUGCAGGGAACUGGGGAGGCAGUAGGUAGUACAGGUAUUGGUGGUGGUUGGCAGUUGGCAUGGAAAUGGUCUGAGAAAGAAGGCGAAGAUGGAAAGAAGGAAGGAGGAUUUAAAAGGAUUUAUUUGCACCAGGAGGGAGCUCCUGGUUCUCGUCGUGGGUCUAUUGUUUCACUUCCAGGUGGUGAUGCGCCUGAAGAUGGUGAGUAUGUACAAGCUGCUGCGCUAGUAAGUCAGCCCGCUCUUUAUUCCAAGGAGCUUCUUGAUCAACAUCCAGUUGGACCUGCAAUGGUUCAUCCAGCUGAAACUGCUAAAAAGGGGCCAUUUUGGGAUGCUUUACUUGAUCCAGGAGUUAAGCAUGCAUUGAUUGUUGGGAUUGGAAUUCAAAUGCUUCAGCAGUUUUCUGGUAUAGGUGGUAUUCUUUAUUAUACUCCUCAAAUUCUUGAACAGGCAGGUGUGGAAGUUCUACUUGUGAACCUGGGAGUCAGUUCAACAUCUGCCUCAUUCCUUAUUAGCGCAUUCACGACAUUGCUGAUGCUUCCUUGUAUAGCUGUAGGUAUGAGGCUUAUGGAUGUCUCAGGCAGAAGGACGCUGUUACUCACCACACUUCCUGUGCUCAUAGGCUCACUUGUUAUCCUAUUAAUUGGCCAACUCGUGGACUUGGGCACGGUUGCCAAUGCAGCAAUCUCAACAGUUUGUGUUGUCAUCUACUUCUGCUGUUUUGUAAUGGCUUAUGGGCCAAUCCCAAACAUCCUAUGCUCUGAGAUCUUCCCCACGAGGGUUCGUGGCCUCUGCAUUGCCAUUUGUGCCUUAGUGUACUGGAUAGCAGAUAUCAUUGUUACUUACACUGUGCCUGUAAUGCUAAAUUCAAUUGGCUUAACGGGUAUCUUUAUCAUCUUUGCCAUUAUGUGCGCCAUCUCUUGGGUCUUCGUCUUCUUGAAGGUCCCUGAAACCAAAGGCAUGCCCCUUGAAGUCAUUACAGAGUUCUUUGCUGUUGGGGCGAGACAAGUUGCUGCUGCCAAGAACGAGUGAUUGACAAAAGCUUGUAUGGACUGUUGAUUCUUCUGCAGUUUGAGCUGCUAAAAUUGUUAUUAUAUUGAGAAUGAAGAUCUCAUAAUUAAACUAUUAAAUUUAAUUCGUUUCAAAAUUUUUCCAUUUUCAUAUGAUAAUGUUAAAUAUAGAUAUAGUUUGAUUCAGAUUAAUGUCCUGUU